GGUGGUGAAUUUGCCUUCAUUGUGCUUUCAUUUAGAAGAAGAAGAAGAUGAGUGAAGAGAAUCGGCGUGAAAAAAAUCAUAGUACAACUCGAUUAUGAUUGUGAUAGUAGCAAUUAGUGUGUGAUUAACAGUUGACAAGGUGGAAAGACACAUGGUGAAGAGUGUUUCGGUGGAUUAGCGGAAAAAUCAUUGGAUUUAAGGAAAUCAACCUUUUUCCCGAAAAGUGCUGAAAAAUUUUGUAGACUCUGAUUUUGUUGUGAAAAUUCCCAUGAAAAUCCGCUUGAGAACUAAGUGUGUGCGGUGAAAAAGAUAAAAAAAAGUGCCGAAAUGGAGCUGGAGAAAAAAGAAAAACUGUGAAAGUUUGAGGGUAUUUUUUUAAUUUUAAAGUGGAAGAAAAAAAUUCCAAUUAGAUGUUGAAAAUUAUCAGCAGAGAAGAAAAUAAGUGGACUUUUCCUCUGUGAAUUUUCAAUCAACAAAUUUUUCGCCAGGAUGCCUCUCAAAUGUCUCACAAUGGACCACCCGGAAUUCAUAUCGAUCCAUCCAAAUUGACCAAGAACGUGGAGAUUGAUGGGAAAGGGCGCUUUUGCAAUUAAUGUGCCAUAGAAAAUAUUAAUUGCCAGAGGAGGAAAACCCAGGAAUCACUUGAAAGUGGGGAAGGUCUGGUGGAAGAAUUUCCAUAACAGAGUCUGUGUUGGGGGACAAGGAAUUUGCCGGAACAAAACAAAAAAAAAAGUUGUUUGAAAGGGAAGCAGAGGAAGUGAAAGAUUGGGAUAAAUUGUGAGACCUUCAAGAUAUAAUAAAACAGGGGGUGAGAGAGAGUGUAAGAGAAAAUUGUCCGAGAAAAGGGAAAAAAAGGAGCUGGUAAAUCCUCCCACUUCUCUCGAAUCCUUCAAUUUUCAUUACAAAUUCGCAUCCCCUGAAAAGAAAAGCAAAAAAAAAAAACGAAGGGCGGUAAAAGGAUAAAAAGGGAGAAGGAAGGAGAAUAAGGAGUUUUGGCUGGAUAAAAAUGGCAAAUACAAUUUCCAAUAUGAAAAUGACAAACCCAAUUAAGGGGCUUGUCAGCAAGAGGAAGAAGAGAUACACCGAGGAUGGAUACAAUUUGGAUUUGUCAUAUAUCGACAAAAAUAUAAUUGCAAUGGCAUUUCCAGCUGAGAAACUCGUUGAGGCUGUCUAUAGGAAUAAUAUUGAUGAUGUGCGCGAAUUGCUAGAAUCUAAACAUAAAGGAUUCUAUUGGAUUUACAAUCUCUGUUCUGAGAGAACAUACGACUAUAGUAAAUUUCAACAUAGAGUUUCAUCUUAUCCAUUCAAUGAUCACAAUCCACCAACAAUUGAAUUAAUACAAGCUUUCUGUGAUGAUGUCCAAAAGUUUCUAAGUAAGGAUCCCAAGAAUGUUGCGGCUGUUCAUUGUAAGGCCGGCAAGGGGCGAACUGGUACAAUGAUCUGCUGCUACUUGCUCCACGUGAGAAGAUUCACGUCGGCGGCAGAUGCACUUAGUUUCUAUGGACAGAAACGGACCCAUGACGAAAAGGGAGUUACGAUACCGUCACAGCGACGAUAUGUUGAAUAUUAUUCGCGUCUACUAAAGUCGGGUCGACCUUAUAGUGAAGUUAAGCUGUCGAUUUGUGAGUUAAAAUUAUCACCACCGCCAUUACUUAAUAGCCAUCAGGGGAGCGUGUGUUUUAGUAUAUCGGAUUGGCACGGCAAAAGGCUGCUUGAGGACAGUGUUUUGGACGUUAGACGAUCGCAAGGGAAUGGUGAUGGACAAAUUGUGAUCAAGCUGGAUAGCUGCAUUCCCCUAUCUGGUGAUAUUCAGAUUCAGUUCAAAUACAAAGGCGUGAUCAAGAAAGAUAAGCUGUUUCAUUUCUGGUUCAAUACACAUUUCGUCAAUGAAGAGACGGAAGGAAAUAUUCCAGCGGAAGGAGAUUCCUCCAAAUUAGUCUAUCGAUUAACGAAAUUUGAAUUAGAUGACGCUCACAAAGAUAAACAACAUAAAAUAUUUUCACCUGAUUUUGAGGUACAAGUAAUUUUACAACGGAUACCUUCCGAUUCUUAUGAUGUCCGUGGCACAAGUCACCAUCACAAUAAUCAUUCGAGCAACAAUCUCCACCAUGUGAACCAUCGCAAUUCACAAAAUAAUACACCAUCAGUGGCGACGCUCAAUUCCCAUCCAGGUGCACAUACGCCGUCCGAGAGUUCUGAGGCAUCAUGUACAGAUUCGUCCACGGAGGAGGAUGGCUGGGAAUCUGGUGAGUUAUCGACACCAACAACAGCAGCAACUGCAAAUGCAUCAAGUAGUUUGAUCAAUUACACCUCAUCACAUUUCUUUUCUUCUGAUUUUGUAUCCAAUACUAUAUUGCCCAAUGAUUCCGGCCAUAUAUGUGCCUUGUCCGUCUGUGGGGAUGAGGAUUUGGUGGUUAUUGGGGGUGUUGGUGGGAGUAAUGAGGUUGAGGAGGUGACUAAUUGUGUGGAAAAUGAAAUUUUGGAGACAAAAAGGACAUUUGUGAGGCAUAAAGAUGAUCGAAGGCGUCGGAGGCGUUCGCGGUCAAAGACGCCCCAACAGCAGUUUAAAGUAAAGUCAGCUAGUGUUAAAAUUGUGUCUGGUAGUCCGGGGAAUUCUUGCCAUCAGAGCAGAAGUCAAAAAUUGCGUUGGUUGUCAAAUAUGCGAAGUGAUCCGGAUUUUCGGGAGACUCUGGCCAAAAGUGUCGUUUUUCGGCCACCUCAUUCAACUGAGAGUCUCGAUUCUACGGAUUUCUAUUCAUCACUCUGCGAUAAGCAGUUGAGUGUGGGAUCUCCGUGCAAGAGUGCCGGAGAUCUCAGUACAGGCCAUCAUCAUCAGGCAAACGGUCAAGAAGGUGUCUCUGUUGUGGGCCAUGUGGAUGAAAAUUGCCAACGUUUGGUGGCCAAACCACUUGAAUCUCAUUCAAUUGGAUUCAAUGUCACUCCUCCGUCUCCUCCUCCAUCUCCACCACCACCUGCCUCAGGCUCAAAAGUACCCCCGAAUCCCAUUGCCCCAGACGAUGAUGGUGAUAAGAUUCCAAGUCGCAAUCGUGGAGCUCCGUUUACAUUUCGCGAAUUGCGACAAGAAUUGCAGUACGUUAUCAAGCACAAUGCUUCUGCAAAAAGUGCUAGUGGUAGUCGAAAGUCUCCGGAUAAAGUGACAAUGGUCAAGAAAAAGAAGAAAUGGGGAAAAACUUAGGAAUCUUGAGCAAUUUAAUUUUUUUUUUUUUAAAUAAUUAUAUUGUUAAUUAGAUAGACGAAUGAUUACAAAGUGGCAAAAGGAAUUGGAUUCAAUGUGCUCUAUU